GCUCCGCCUACUCCCGCGCGUAGCACGUCACUAUCCGGCGUGCCCCGUACCCGCCUCCUCCGCUCGGCCGGCCCAAGAUGGCGGUGCAGGAGUCGGCGGCCCAGCUGUCCAUGACCCUGAAGGUGCAGGAGUACCCGACCCUCAAGGUGCCCUAUGAGACACUGAAUAAACGCUUCCGAGCUGCUCAGAAAAACAUUGAUCGGGAGACCAGCCACGUCACCAUGGUGGUAGCUGAGCUUGAGAAGACCUUGAGUAGCUGCCCAGCUGUGGACUCUGUGGUCAGCCUACUGGAUGGAGUGGUGGAGAAGCUGAGUGUCCUCAAGAGGAAGGCAGUAGAGUCCAUCCAGGCCGAGGAUGAGAGCGCCAAGCUCUGCAAACGUAGGAUCGAGCACCUCAAGGAGCACAGCAGUGACCAGCCAGCGGCGGCCAGCAUGUGGAAGCGGAAGCGCAUGGACCGAAUGAUGGUGGAGCACCUGCUGCGCUGUGGCUACUACAACACAGCUGUGAAGCUGGCUCGCCAGAGUGGCAUUGAGGACCUUGUGAAUAUCGAGAUGUUCCUGACAGCCAAAGAAGUGGAGGAGUCCUUGGAGAGGCGUGAGACAGCCACCUGCCUUGCCUGGUGCCAUGAUAACAAGUCCCGACUCCGGAAGAUGAAGAGCUGCUUAGAGUUCAGCCUCAGGAUUCAGGAGUUCAUCGAACUUGUCCGGCAGAACAAGCGCCUGGAUGCUGUGAGACAUGCAAGAAAGCACUUCAGUCAGGCUGAAGGGAGCCAACUGGAUGAGGUCCGCCAGGUCAUGGGCAUGCUGGCCUUCCCACCAGACACACAUAUCUCUCCAUACAAGGACCUCCUGGACCCAGCCCGGUGGCGAAUGCUGAUCCAGCAGUUUCGAUAUGACAACUACCGGCUGCACCAGCUGGGAAACAGCUCCGUCUUCACCCUCACCCUGCAGGCUGGGCUCUCAGCAAUAAAGACACCACAGUGCUACAAGGAGGAUGGCAGCUCCAAGAGCCCCGACUGCCCUGUGUGCAGCCGCUCUCUGAACAAACUGGCACAGCCCCUACCCAUGGCUCACUGUGCCAACUCCCGCCUGGUCUGCAAGAUCUCUGGUGACGUGAUGAACGAGAACAACCCACCCAUGAUGCUGCCUAAUGGCUAUGUCUAUGGCUACAAUGUGAGGGCCCGAAUAUCAGGGCUAUGGGCUGGGAGGGCUGGGCAGCUGUGUGAAGGUAAAAGCAUCAGGGUGUGGGUAUGGAGGAGGGUACCACGUGUGAACAGCCUCAGGCUUCUUGACUGGUAUCCAUUCAAGAAGUGACUUUGUAAGGUUAGAUGGCGUGAGACUGAAGAGAUGGCCCCACGGUUAAGAGCGUUUGUUGGUCUUGCAGAGGACCUGCGUGGUGGCGCACAACCGUCUCCAGCUUUGUAGUUGCAGGAGUAACGAGUCCCAUGGGCUCUGACAUCUCUCCUGACUUCAUAGGCAUCAGGCACACAUACAUACACACAUGCAGCAAAACACUCAUGAGUAAAUAGUAUUAGAUGAUUUGUUCCCUGGUAGCUUAUUUUUUGGAAUGAACCUUAAUUCAGAUCUUAGUUUGCAUGGGAUUUUCUCAUUUUAAUGCAUAACUCUGGUUUUGUUUUCCAGUCUCUGCUUUCUAUUCGUCAAGAUGAUAAAGUUGUUUGCCCAAGAACCAAAGAAGUCUUCCACUUCUCCCAAGCUGAGAAAGUGUACAUCAUGUAGGCCUGCGUUGCCAUGUGCACGCCCUUGGCCAGAGGCUGUGGUGGGUGGGAGCCAUGCCCUCCUGCCCUGACCCUUGACCCCUGACCCCAGCCUGCCUCGGCAUUUGUUUCUUGCGACCAAAGAUCAGUGAGCAACGACAAAUACUCUUAGAAAAAGAGGAAGUGAGAUUUACUAAGUCUGUGCUUGAGAACAGCGUUUGGUUGGUAGGAUUUUGUAACAUAAGUCGACUGAUGCCUCUGCAGGUUCUUGCACCUCUCAAAGGAAACUCUCUCUACAGUGUGGCCUGAGCACCAGGAAAUCCAGAGCAUCUCAGAAGUAGGAAUUGGGUCAUCGAUUAUUUCCCUGUGUCUCUCCGUUUCCUUCCUUUUGCUAGUGAUGGGACUCAGGGGAGCUUGAGGAGCAGGCUGGUCCUUUGCCAACUCUUGUUGGUCAUAGCCUGGGCAAGGUGCUGGCCGUACCAGGUUGGCUGCAGUGACUUGUGACGUGGUGCCGAGGCCUUUCCUGACUUCACUGUCUAGCUGCUGCCAAAGCACCAUCCACCACAUGCACCUGGGCUGCUACUCGAGCCUCUGCCCUUGUGGCCAGGGUGUCUGGGGCUGUGUCUGUGCACAGGUUCAGCGUCUCACCUUCCAGCACCGCCUUAUCUCCUGCUUUGAGAAUGUAUUCACGGGAAAGCCACUGGACUGAGUUUCUGCAGAGGCCUUGCCAGGUGGUUCCGUAGUCCUAGAGUGUACAUGCUUUUCAUUACGGAAACUGAUAGUUCAGCUAAAGUAAGUACUGACGGGUUUUCCAGACAUGAACCAUUGUAAUUCACACAAAACCAUAUUGUAGAGGUUUGUAUCUAGCGCUUAUUUUUGCAUGUUGAUGUUGAUUAGCUAAUGAACUGUAAAUGUAAAGCGUGUUAAUAAAAUAGCUUUCUAUUUCUCA